GCGCCGCCCCCGCCACACGGCCCCCGCCCUCCCUGGCAGCACGCCCGCCGCCUCUCAGUGCCGUGCCCGUGUCCUGUCCGCCCUCACGCCCGCAGCGGUGCCCGGAGUGUGGCGCGCCCCAGCCCCGCCCUGCCGCACCCCUCACCUCCACUACCACCACCUUCACCACCACCACCAGCAGCAGCACUCAGCAGGGCAGCAGCAGCAGCAGGAGCACAGCGGCCCAAGGUGUGGCGCCCCCGCCCCGGCCGUCCUCUGCUGCACCGUCACAAUCAAUACCGGAGCGGCGGUGAGCUGCCCUGCCCGCCGCCCGCCCGCCCGCCGCCCGCGACGACCCCGCCCACCACCACCACCACCUCCCGGAGAUAAUUCUCCAACCAUUUAUAAGGUUUCCCUCAUCGCAGCUCCAGCCCUCACCAGCGAAGACAGACUGACGCUUCCUAGAAUGGCCCUAGAGUGGGUGGCGGGCGGCUGUGGCGGGGCGGCGGCGGCGGGGUGCGACGCUGUGGCGGCGGCCGCAUGAGGGGCGGCGGCCAGCGGGUGUUUGACUCAGCGAGUGACGGGGUGCGCCGCUCCCCCGCCCACCUGCCCCGCACAGCUCACUCGACGCCCACGCCGCCCCGCCCCUGCGUGGUGGUUCCCCGCCCCCGCACGGCGCCCGCCACGGCCGGGUACGCCUCGCCUCUCUCCCCGCCGCCCUUCCCCGCGGGCCUGCCGCCGCCGCCGGCCCGGGGCACGCCGCUGGGCACGCCGCUGGGCACGCCGCCCUCACCCUGCUACAGCUGUUCGUGCGGCGCCUCCAGCGCGUCCUCGCCGGGCGCGUGUCGCGUGCACGAGGGCGUGUUCACGUGCCCGCCGCCCCCGCCGCCGGUGACGUGCGGGGCCACGGAGCGGGACUGCGUGGUGGGGCCCCUGGCGGGGGGUGAUGGGGCAAUAGUGGUGCCCGGGGACCAUGACCAGGAGGUAUGGGCCCCAGCCCUCCCGUCACCCACAUCGCAAGACAUUAAAGAAGAAAGUGUUAAGGAGUUGUUACUGAGACAAUCAUACAACGGCCUGGACUAUAGCUGUAGCAUGAGAAGGAGGCGUGACAGUGUGAGUGAGUGUAGUGCGGGAUGCGAACACGUCCUUCCCCCCCCGAAGCCAUGGCCCGCGCCCCUCAGUAACCCGCCUUUUGGCAGCUUGCAGAAGCAGGUGUCGAUAAUGAGCCUCAACCUCACCACGAAGAUUGACGAGAUUCAGUGUCACCAGCACGCCGACACCAGCGCUGCCCUCCACGCCAUCAGGUCGCAGCUGCAGGACCUGACGAAAAGCCUGGAGAGCUGUCAGAGCGAGGUCGUGGAGGUGAAGAGAGACAUGGUAGCGAUCAAGCAUGAGAUAGACACACUGCAGGCCGCCAAAGAGGAGAUCGAAGAGUUGAGGGACGCGGUGGAUCGCCUGGAGGAACAGACCCGGCGGAGGAAGAUUCGGCUGCUGGAACAGUGUAUUUUCUCUCGACAGCUGAAGCGUAAAAAAGCUGGUGGCACUGGAUCAUGUACGGUGCUCACAGCUAUACAUUCACAGGCUUCCAAUCUGUCUCCUCCGGGACUGACAUGCUUCCUGUGCUACGCCAUCUUCGCGGCAGUGCUGGGGAUGUUCCAGUUCGGCUACAACACUGGGGUGAUCAAUGCGCCCCAGUCGGUCAUCGAGAACUUCAUCGGCGACUGCUGGAAGACUCGCUACCAUAGCAACAUCGAGAACAGCAAGCAGGAUCUGAUCUGGUCCAUUGCUGUCUCCAUCUUUGCCAUUGGAGGAAUGAUUGGCGGCUUUUGUGGAGGCUCCGUGGGAAAUAGGUUUGGCAGGAAGAAGGGUCUGCUGCUCAAUAAUCUGCUUGGUGUGGGAGGUGCCUGUCUUAUGGCCUUCUCGCAGAUGUCCAACUCCUUUGAAAUGCUCAUCUUAGGUAGACUGGUCAUCGGUAUCAAUUGUGGACUGAACACUUCCCUUGUCCCUAUGUACAUCAGCGAGAUUGCCCCGCUCAACUUACGUGGAGGCCUGGGUACUGUCAACCAGCUGGCAGUCACUGUAGGUCUCCUGCUCUCCCAAGUCCUUGGCAUCGAGCAGCUCCUGGGCAACAACAAGGCCUGGCCAAUACUCUUAGGGCUGGCGGUGGUGCCGGCUGUGAUGCAGAUGGUGCUGCUUCCCGUGUGCCCUGAAUCUCCUCGAUACCUCCUCAUGUCACGCCAGAUGGAGGAUGAGGCACGCAGAGCUCUGCGGCGGCUGCGUGCCUCGUCCCAUGUGGAGGAGGACAUAGAAGAGAUGCGCGCGGAGGAGGCGGCCAGCCAAACAGAGGCACACAUGACCAUGUUCCAGCUGGUACGCAACUCCACUCUGCGCAUGCCCCUCACCAUUGGAGUGGUGAUGCAGCUCUCCCAGCAACUGUCAGGGAUCAAUGCGGUCCUCUACUACUCCACCUCCCUGUUCACCGCGGCUGGCCUGGAGGAGUGGCAGUCCAAGUACGCCACCCUGGGGGUCGGCUCCGUCAUGGUGGUGAUGACGCUGGUGUCCAUCCCCCUCAUGGACAGAGCCGGUCGACGCACUCUACACCUUUAUGGCCUCGGUGGGAUGUUCAUCUUCUCCAUCUUCAUCACCAUCAGCCUGCUCAUUAAGGAAAUGAUGUCGUGGAUGACAUUCAUCUCUGUGAUCAGCACUCUCUGUUUCGUCAUCUUCUUCUCGGUGGGGCCUGGCAGCAUUCCUUGGAUGAUCACCGCUGAAUUGUUCUCCCAAGGCCCUCGCCCUGCGGCCAUGUCCAUCGCUGUGCUUGUCAACUGGCUCUCAAACUUCCUGGUUGGCAUAGGCUUCCCCAAGAUGCAGGAAACUUUCGAGAACUACACCUUCCUGCCAUUCAGUGUGCUUCUUGGGUGCUUCUGGGUCUUCACUUACUACAAAGUUCCCGAAACCAAGAACAAGACCUUCGAGGAGAUAUCAGCAAUCUUCACCAGAGGGGUUGACAGCUCAAAGAAAGGGGAGGCAGGGCCAUAUGGGGCAACAGAGGAGAGGGAGGAGGCCCACCUCUAGACGCUUACUCGUGAAAACCUUAAGUUGCUUCCCAUUCCAGAAGCAAAAGAAAAGACCAUUGGACAUCCUCUUGUUGCCAUUGUUCAGUCGUCUUUUUUGUGUGGUGAGGGAGGCAGGCUAAGGGCAGAACGGAAUAAUAAAGAACAAGCCUCCAACACACCGCUCCUUUAAAAAGAAUACUAAGGAGGUUUAAAAAAAAAGUGGCCAGUUUUGGUAAGAGAAAAAUGGUGGGAAGUGAGUGUGUCAUGAAGAGAAAAAGUGCUGCCCAGUUCAGAGUCAAAAAGACCUAAAAAUUCUCUGUUGUCAUAGUUUAAUCAUGCCAAGAAUGGUGGGAAAAAUAUAGGCUAUGCUCAAGUAAUCUGCCUGAGAAGAAAGUGUGUGUGUUUGUCAGGAACAAACUAAAUUAGUGCAAUAUAAACUGAAAAAAAAAAAUGUACAACAAAAGUGUACUUAGUGGAUAGUCUUUAUGAUGGUCACUCCAACAGAGAAGAUAGUAAUAUCUACAAGAAAUUAAACUAAUUUGUUAGUUAUGAAAUUUUGGUAUGUGUGUGUAUAACAAAUACUGAUGUGCACUUUGUUGCUAAUCUUUAUGAUGGAAUGCCACAUAUAAUUUGACAGAAAAAAACUAAUAACUACAGGACUGAGCCAGUUGGUUAGACAUGGAAGGAUACACAUGGAGAUUGUGAGCUUCCCCAUCAGUUUUAUUCUUCCUGUUUCAAAAAAAGUGGAAAAUGCCACCAAUUAAAAAAAAAUGCAAUUAUCUCUUAUAUCUACUAUAAAUAUUUCCAUGAGUAAGAAUCCCCCUUUUGAGAGCCAUUGAUAAAAUAUGGAUCUCACUUGCGAGUGCAGUAAGACAUCAGUUGAACAUGAAUCAAAUUAAAUUUUCAAUUUACCGUGAGAUUAUAAUUAGAGACUGUGAGCCUAGCGUCUGUCUGUCAGGGCUGACCAAGGGUGAUGCAUCUUAGUUGUCAUCUGGCCCACUGAGGCAGCAUCGUUUGCAGCUGAACAGACCUAUAUGUGCAAGUGACAGUCAUUGUCCUGAAGUCCUUGCAGGCCUGAACAGUGUCUGGAACUCUUGUUUAGUGCAAGUCACAAUUGCUGUGGGCCACAUUGGCAAUUUUAUGCAAAUCUUUCCAAUUAAGUUCAGUUGAAAUUUCAUAUGCACUUGAAAUGAAUACAUAUCUUAAGAGGCUUUUUUUUUAUAUAGAAAUCUCAGUAAGUACACAUAUUAAUCAUAUAAAAAAAUAGGGUGGAGGAAGGAAUGUAAAGAUUGACUUUCUCUUCAAUCUGAGUCAAGAAACUGUUGUUUCCUCUGUUAUGGCAAAGAGUGAGCCUCCUCCUCUGGUCCUUCUCAAAUUUAAGUACUGUACAUACUUGUGUGAAAAGUGAUGCAUAGGAAAGGUAACACACCAAGGUGGUGGCUGAGUGGUCAGCGUGCUGGCCUGCCACGAUAAUCAGGCUGGUAGUUUUUCAGUCAUUGCCAAGUGGCCUAAGAGUACCCACAUAUAUACUGUCUUGAAGACCAUCUAUCAACCCAGACUCUAGAUUCUCUCGAAAAGAGGAUUAAAGAUGAGCACGAGCCUAGCAAGAUGACACCUCUAUAAACACUUGCCUGCACCACAAUGGGCUGGGGCCAGACAUCAGGCCCCACCAAGAAAGCCAUCUGGCACCAUAGGCCAGAACGUAAAAAAAAAAAAAAAGAAUAAAAAAAAGCCUAUGAUAUGUUUGAUUUUACUUGAACAGGAGUACAACAUGUGGCAAGUCUAUUGAUCCUCAGUGUCAGCGUUUCAUAAGGGAGUGAAGCAGAAGUUAUUCAAGGAAAUAUUUGGCACAAACAUGAAAUGUAGCUAUUAUGUUCUUGAAAACACACACACAAGGUAUUUCAUAAAAGUCAAGGACAAGCAGUCAAUGAUUUUUUUUUUUUUUUUUUUUUUUUUUUCAAUACUAUUUCAUCAUUGAGGUGCAAGGCAUGCCUUCCUGCAGCCUGUUCCAGCAACUCUGUCCAAAUGGUCCUCACCACGAGACAACAGCUUCAUCACAGCAGCCUUGGUGCUUGCCAACACACUCUUCCUUUAGACUAUGUUAUAAGACAUAUUGUUACCCACAUGGAUGAAGAAUGCAAUGAAAACACUCUUUUUCAUCAACACAAUCAUUAUGAUUGAUAAAUUAUGACAAAAAUAAAUGCCAGAAUCUCAUUUUAUUCUGUUACAAUAAUGUCUGAGGCAAAGGAACAUAUUAAGCUGCUGCCACAGGACAGUCAUUUUCUUGACAGGUGCUGGAAUGGGCUACAGUGUCUCAUCUUGCUGUUUGCCUUUAAAUGAUAGAUCUGGAGAUGCACGAAACUUUCCCUAAAGGGGUGAAGAUGUGGUAACACAAGAAAAUACAUAUAUAAGACACUCAAGAUUGAGAUUCUUCCUUCCAAAAUGUGCAAUCCAUUCAUUUCCAAUAUGUAUAAGUUUUCUUUUUCACUUGCCUACAGUUCUAUCAGUUAUUCAUUGGAUGUCUUAAGAGAAAGUGGACAAAAGAGGUGGAUCACAGCUCUGCAAAAAAAUAGCUCCAAAUUUCUAGUGUUUCUAUCCGUAUUCUGGAGGCAGAUAUGUGCCUCACAAGUCUGAAGGCUUGUACUUACUUUGUCUCCAUUUAACCAUAUAUGUAUUUUACUUUAUUGAUAUAUUUUCUACCUAUAUGGCAAAUAAAGCAGGCUAAGAUCAGAGCUAAGUAAAGGACUGCAACAUGGUGCUCAUACAUAAAGAAUACAGAAGAUGAUUGUAAAAGAUAUUCAGUAUUGGUUCGAGAGAUGUGAAUGCAUAUUCUUUUCUUGAAAAGUUUUAAGUUGUAGGAAGGAAAAUCUCAAGCUGUGCUGUGAACUGUAGGAACCAAUUAUGCAGAUUUAUUAUUAUUUUUUUUUUAUGUAUUACCUCUUAGUGGUAUUGCAGUUCUCUGUCUUUUCUGUAGCCAUGUGUUUAUAAGUAUCUUUCCUGACAUUUCUGUUUACUACACAUACUUAAUAUUUUGUUUUAGGUGUGGGUAGGCUAUCACCAUAUGUACUUGUGUAUUAUUUUAUCUAUAUUUUUUGCCGUCAGGUUUAGGCAUCAGCUUUAACAUGAAUGUCCUUCCUGGGGUUAAAUUUUACUUUUCACUUAAGCAUAUUAUACUCACAUAAUUUUUGUACAUGAGACUGACUGUUACACAAGGUUAUAUGGUAGAGUGUUAGACUGUGCUGCCCUACUCUCUAGUGCAGGCUGAGGGUGGGCACUGAGGCAAGGGAGGAGAAAAGGAACUGGAGGAGGCAGAGUAGUUAGCCGGGAAGACUCUUCAGUGUAGGUAGGCUUGUGAUGUGAUGCCUUGAUUUCAUGUGUAGGCUUUGUGAGUGAGUAGUGAGGCAAACAUCACAGGAGUGGGGAGGGUUAGAAAACCGAAGAGACUAGGCUGAGGGGGGAAAGACCAUAAACCUGAGCACAGUCUUGAGGCCAGUAGUGUGAAAGGCAAAGUAGGACUGAUAGUGCACAAAGACUGGAGAAGAGACCGUGCAUGACAUUGCACAAGAAACUGUCAAGUAAGGUAAAGUGUGACAGGUGAUGCAGUCUACUAACAAACUCCAGCAAACAGUAUGAAGGAAAAGGAAAUUGAAUGAGAAACAGAUUGUGACUUCUUGGCAGAGUUUAAAAAUUUGGGUAGCAAUAACAAACCACUUUAUUUUUCAUUUUUAGUUGUAACAUAUUGUAGGAAUAUGCAAUACAUGCUAUUCAUAAUAAUUAAACAUUGUCACUGUGUAUGUGUGUGUGUGUGUGUGUGUGUGUGUGUGUGUGUGAGUAGAUACAAAACAUAUGGGAAAUGUGUAAUUCAGAGAGAGAGAGAGAGAGAGAAAAUUGGGAUUUUGUAAAACUAAACGUAGGAUGUGUAAAUGGCAACUUUACAGAAGGUCAAGUAUUUGUGUGUGUAUGUGUGUGUGUGUGUGUGUGUGUGUGUGUGUGUAGUGUAGACCAACAGAAGCAUCAUCACCCUCACCAACAUCACUCCCACCUCCAUCAUCACCACCAUCAACAUCACCACCAUCACCAUAACUACCACCACCACCACCACCACCAUUGUCAUCAGCAGCAACACAUGACCCUUUGUAUUGCGUUUCAGGAGUACUUUGAAUUGUGUUAAUACUCUCGGAUCCAAGCCGCUGGAGGCUGAACACGCUGCUCUCAUCCGCGAGCUGGAGGGGCGCGCGCAUCAACAGUGUAAGAGCCCCACCUUUGACCCGUAAUGUUGCCCCGCCCUGGUGCCCCGCCUCCUCCUGCCCCAUGCUCUGUACCUGCUCACUUGGGGCAUGUUCAUCAACCCGUAUGCACCACUCCGAUCAGUACUUACACCAGAAACAUAAACAACUUCAGAAUAUUGAGCCGAUGUAUAAAAAAUGAACUAUAAAAUGAUGGUUAGCAAUCUUAAUCUUGAAAAUAGUUUGUUUUUAUACAUCAGCUUCAUCUUCAAGUGUUGAGUUGUUGUUGUUUUUGUUGUUUUUCCAUGAUGUGAGUGCUGUUUGGAAUGUUGCGUACGAUUUGGUGGACGUGAAUCGAGUAUCCCGGCCCCGCCACAGGGACUCACCUGUGUGUUAGCUCCUUGGGGCAGCAGGGGACAGGGCGCAAGGAAUGGUUUGUCUUAUCUAGGACUCGCUUUUGUGUUGCCCCGCCCUGCCAAGCCUUGCCCCACCUUGGUACACCUGCUCCUGCCCCACCCCACUCCUCGCUGCAGCAUCCAGUCACACCCACCUCCUGUCUCCCUUCCCUGCCCUUUGCCUCCCUCUCCCAACUCCUGUCUCUCCCUUUUCUACCUCCUGUAUCUUUUUACUGUCUUCUUUUCCUGCCCUCUACAUUUCUUUUCAACUUUCUACCUCUCAUUACUGCCUUCUGUUUCCCUUUUCUACUUUCUGCCUCUUUCCUACCUUCUACCUCCCUUUCCUACCUUCUCUCUCCUUUCCCUACCUUCUCUCUCCCUUUUCUACCUUUCUCUCU